AUGAGACUUUAUUCAUGGCUGGAGAAAAAAGAGGGCGGAUUUUGGGGGUUGGUGGUGAUCUUUGCGGCAUUCAUGAUCCAGAUUCCAUCUUUCGGAACCGCCCAGAGUUUUGGUAUCUACAACAUGUAUCUGCUGAAGUACUUCAGUGGUGCCAGUCCGGCUGCUGUGGCUCUGAUUGGUUCAAUCAAUGUGGGCGUGUUCCUGGGCUCAGGUCCCAUAGCUACAUUUCUGAUGAACCACAUGAGUCAUCGCAAGGUGGCCCUGCUUGGAGCUGUGCUUAGUUCGGCUGGCCUGAUAGCGAUGCCUUUUGCUCCAAACCUGGUGUAUAUGUACGGGUUCUAUGGGGUGCUUUCUGGGCUUGGAUUUUGUUUGGUCUACGUCCCAUCACAUGUGCUCUCGGGAUUAUACUACGAUGAAAAACGGAGUUUGGCAACAGGACUGGCUACCAGUGGUUCCGGUGUCGGCGCUAUCAUUUACCCGCUGCUGGUGAACGUUCUGGUAGACACUUUUGGCUGGAGGGGGUCCUUCUACAUAGUGUGUGGCAUCAGCAUGCAGAACAUCGUAUUCGCCAGCUUGCUCAGACCAGUUCCUGAGACGCUGAAGAGAAGAUACCAAGAGGCAGCUAAGAUGAGAGAGGUUGAGCCAGGUGAAAUGGAAGAUGAUGUUGGAAACAAUCAGAAAAUGGAGGUAGGAAAUCAACAGAAUCGUCCAUCAUCUGAUGUACAACUUCUUCCAACAUCAUCUGUCCCUGAAAAAGAGAAGGGAGAUGAUCAAAAGUUUCCUUCAGAGAAUCCAGAAGUUUGUGUGUCUGAACAUGACAUAGAUCUGACUGUGCAGGAGAUAUCUAUCAAGCAGGCAUCAAAUGACGAAAAGCAGGACUUCAGUGAAGGAAAAUCAGAAAGUAAGCUGGAGGAAAGUAUCAAGUCCUCUCCUCCUGGCAGCCCAACCAAGUUAAUCAAACAGGAGAGUUCUGAAAAUGAGGAGGAUAAUCUUUUCAAAGGCAAAGAUAUACAUAGGGAUAGCUUAAACGAAGUUGAAAAGUUAGCCUUAACCAAGAAAAGCACCUGCUCCAUUCUGUGUGACUAUGCCUUUAUCAUUUUCUUUGCCAACAACAUUUUCUGGAAUAUGGGGGUUGUGAUUAUCUUGUUAUUUGGACCACAAUAUCUUUUGUACAUUGGACUGAAUGAGCAAUCCUCUGCUCUGGUCUUCAGCAUCGGAGGCAUUGGAGCAUUUGUAGGCAGCAUUAUUGGUGGCGUUCUGGGAAACGUGAAGAAUUUACGAUUGGACAUUGCGUACAUUGUUAUAACUGUGAUUACUGGAUUCAUUUGCCUCAUCAUUCCCUCUCCAGUAUUUCAUUCUUUUGGAGGCAUGGUCUUCCUCUACGUCGUUUUUUCCGUAAUGUCCAACAUGAUUGCUGGUUUGUUGGUGGUUGCAGUGGCAGCCAUCGUUGGAGCAGACGCCAUAGGAACAGGCAUGGGCUACAUCAUGCUGGCUAACGGAAUAGGGAGCAUCGUAGCUCCCCCACUAAUAGGUUGGGUGUAUGAAGUAUCGGGCAGUGCAGACGUUGCCUUCUACAUCGGUGGAUCUUUCAUCAUCUUUGCUGGAUUACUGAUCAUCCUAAUCCCAGUAAUCGACCACUUCUACAGGGAAGAAACUAAACCCAGUGGAAAGAAACCGGAGAAGAUACAGAAAGAGUGCCUACACGUCUACUGCAUGUGAGGCCUUCUGUCCUCCACGAACUUAUUUACCGGAAGUGACAUUCUCAUGCCCUGGUGUACUGAAAUCUGGGUUACUGUGGAAGCAGUUUUGAAAGCUUUUUCAGGAGUAGUUCGUAUAUAUAAAUUCAUAGAUUGGUGUACGGCAUGACUGCUAAGAAUGUUACCCAAAGUUGUAAAUUCAAGGAGAUUGAGAAACUAUGAAAGCUGUGAACAUUCAGCUACUACGAAUACGGACGACGUCACAGUAUCAGCGACUGUUAACAUUUCUAUUUUUUGUUGUUAUUCUUGAAAUACGGGUACUUGUUAUUUUAAUGGUUGGGUCAAAUACAACCAUAUGAUGUUUUUGAAUAAUUUAUUCAUUUGAUAUUUAUUACAAACGUAAUUUAUAUGUUGUAUACAUACAUGUAGCUGAAUAUUGAAUGGAAUGUGUAAGUUCUGUACAUACAUGUAGCUGAAUAUUGAAUGGAAUGUGUAAGUUCUGUGCAAUCAUAUUUAUCUGUGUAAUCAGAGUUUUUGUUUUGUUGCAUUAUAACUAUGUAUACCUACACCUAUCUAUCAAUCAAUAUCUUAAUUGUACUUGUUGUGUUAACUUUCCUCUGGACAUCUGCAGAAAAUUCACAUUACAGUGGGACGUGAUGAUGUUAUUUUUAGUGUGUUUUACAUUUCUAUAUAAAUUUGUACAUGUUUUAAAAGGGAAUAUUUAUGAAUUACAAUUUAAAGAUUUUUUUAUGCUUCAGCUUUUUCAAUACGUGUAUGUAUAAUAUACAUUAACACACAACAUCUACUUCUAAUGUAAGGGUUUCUCAAAAAAUUAAGGUUAUGCAUUAUGAUGGAAGCUUAUAAUAGAGAGUUUACUAUUUGUUGUGUAAACAAAGAUUGGUGUAUGUUAUUGUUUACAAAGUUUUGAAAAUGUAUGGUUGUCAAUCUAAGUCUAUGAUAUUUAUCACAGUUCAGGUAUUCUUUAGUGAAAAUGUGCUAUUUAAAAAUUUGAUUUGUGUCUGUGCAAAAUUAAGAUGCUUUGAGAUACCAAAUUAACAUUUCACUAGAUCGUUUGUAAACAUGAAAAAGACCCGAGUCUUGUUUAUAUAACACAGAGUUAUAGCUAAAAUAUUGCCUUUAUUCUCGCAUUAAAGAGAUCCAAAAUUUUGUAGCCAACUUUAAAGGAGCAUUCGCUGUGAAAGUGAUGGCAACCUUUUUUCUCAAAAUCUCUCAGUGACUUAUACAUGUGUAGGAAUGUAUAUUGAUAACUAAUAAAAACUUUUAUUUUGUACAAAAACAAGAGAAACCUAAUAAAACUACGUUAGAUAACCUCUUUUAGUGUAUGAAAAAUAUAAGGAAGAAUUAUUGUCUUGCAAGACGAUAAUUAUUUAAUCACCAAAAUUAUAUAUUUAUGUGUCUGCCUUAAAUGAGUUUUAAUUUUAAUGUAAAGAUACGUACGGUUCGAGUCUUAAUUAUAUAACACAGAAUUAAGGCUAAAAUAUUGCCCUUAUAUUUGCAUUAAGAAGGUCCAAAUUUUGGUUGCCAACUUUCAGUGAGUUAUAUUUUUAAUGGUUACCAUCAAAAAUCAAAGAAAAGAAAAAAUUUAAAAAAUGUGAACCAGUCCCCUUAAAAAUUAGAAUAUCUAUGAUACAGUUGAACUCUGGUAUCUCGAACAUCGAUAUCUCGAAUACCAUGGAUAUGUCAAAGUGAGUUGGAAGUCCCAACUAUACUUACGUAUCUUAACCUCAAUAUGUUGAACCCUUGGAUAUCUCAAAAGGUUUUUUUCUUGGCACCAUGGAGUUUGAGAUAGCGAGGUUUGCCGGUAUUAAAACUUUUUAAUUUUAUUUACUAGUAAAUGUAUACUAAAUGACAAACCGGUGUCAAGUUUGUUUUAGAAGUUUCAUACUGUGUUUUAAGCAUUGUGCUUCUUUUAUUAAGAUUUACUAUACUACCAUGAAAUAUAUUCAAAUCUAAUAUAUUUUCUGUACAGUUACAGAGUUCGGGAUUAAAAUCUAUAUAUUUUGA